AUGACUGCUGAUUGCAAAGAGAAUGUGGUGACUUACUACAACCGUGGUCAACCAGGACAUAUUAGCACUCAUUUCUCGAAGCUUAAGCAAGCUUCAACUGGAGGAAAGGUGUCCGUUCUGACGGGGACUCAAACUUCCAGUUAUGACAGGUUGAUCAGAGGUAUAUGUUAUAUUAAUAAUAUGCCUUUGAUUGCUACUGGUGCUACUCAUUCUUUUAUUGUUGUUGACCGUGUUAAAAGGCUAGGCCUUAUUGUGUCUUCUAUGAAUGAAGAAAUGGUUAUCGAAACUCCUGCUAAGGGUUCGGUGACUACUACUUCAUCGGAGUUCAAUCAUGUUCAUAUCAAUUCUUAUAACAAGUUGGUGCGAUUUCUUACUCCUGGUGAGGAGGAAGAAGUUGGUUUCUUGUCAGCUAGAGAGUUGAAGGAGCUUUUGGAAGAGGAAGCUCAGGUGUUUACGCUGUUCGCGACGUUAUAUGCUAAGAUUCAGGCUAUGAUUGAUGAAUUGCAUGUAGUGCAAGAUUUUCCAAUGGUGUUUCCAGAUGACAUUUCAGAUGUACCGCCAGAGAGAGAGAGGUGGAGUUUUCUAUUGAUUUUCUCCCUGAUUUUUUUGGGCUCAGAAACAGCAUUGACCGUCUCCUCAAUACCCCAUAACGGCCAUGAUGGUUAUCGCGGCGCAGUCGUAAUGGUCCAGUCGAGCAUCCGUGACAGGUUGAAAUGGUUGAAUGCGGAGAGAACUGGAGGCCAACAAACGAACGAGAUGCCGGAGAUUAGUGAUAAUAGGUGGAAAUUAGUGAUAAUAGUAAUAGGUGGAAAUUAG